AUGCAAAAGCCUCAUCGACAUAAUGCAGUAGCAUUAGAUUUGGUAAUAUUUGCACCGAAAGGAAAAUGUUAUACAUUGAUUGGAGAGGAUUUAGAUGAAAAUGGUAUAAUCCAAUCACCUAUACGUUUUGAUUGGAAAUCAGAUGCUGCAUUUACAACACCACUUGAUAUGUGGCAUUCACAUCGUAAUGAAUCAGAAAAUGAUGAUGCAUGGAUUUUACCAAUUCAAGAUGCCGGUCUUUCACUUCAUGAAAGAUUGUAUGAUAUUCAAUUUGCAGAUGAUGAAUGGAAACAUUUAAAAGAUAAACAUGUAAUUAAAAGUAUAAUUUAUUAA